ACGAGAGAGAAAGAUAUAUACAUAUAUUUUAUUUUCUUGUAUAUAAUUCAAAUCGGUUCCGAUUUCUCUUCGGAGUUUACAAAUUACACGUCUACGCCAAACCGCCGAGUUCUGCCGCCUUCAAAAAUCUGCCUCGUGGCCAAGGCUUUCACUUUUACCUUUUCUCCUCUCCAUUGAAGCCCUAGUUGCAGGUCAAAAUUUCUUGUUCUGCAUAUUUAUACAUACAUUCUGCAUAUUGUGUGCUUACAUAACUGCUUAGUUAUACAUAGUACUAUUAGUUGUGUGUGUGUUUGCUGCACAAUGGAAUCCUUUCCGGCAAUGGCGUCGGCGGAGCAACUUCUGUGCGCUCUGAGACGAACGCCGGCGAGAGGCGGUGGGGCUCCCAGCGCGAUUAUUGAUAGGGUGAAGGAGUGGAAGGUUAUGGGCGAGAGUGUGUUUAAGGGUUUAGUGGAUUGCUUCUCGGAUAUUGAAUCUCGGGAGGAGAAUUUGAGGUCGGUUAGCGAGUUGUUGGAGACGCGGUUGGGGGAUUUGAAGGAGACGGAGAGGGAAUUGAAGUUGUUGCACGAUAAAAAAGGGGAGGCCUUGAAGUUGAGUGAGGAGGAGUUGAAAUUGAGGGAGGAGAAAUUGGAUGAACAACUGAGGUUGGUUGAUGAGCAUAUCGAGAAAUUGGAAGCGUCCCAGGGUGAGGUUGAUGAUCUGCGGAUGAAGGAGCGCUGGAGGUUGAAGGAGAUUGAGAAGAGGGAAAGAGAAUUGGAGAAACGAUUGGGGGAGUUUGAGAAGAGGGAAAGGGAAUUGGAGAAACGAUUGGUGGAGUUUGAGGAGAGGGAAUGGGAAUUGUUGAAAAGAUUGGGGGAGUUUGAGAAGAGGGAAAGCGAAUUGUUGAAAAGAUUGGGGGAGUUUGAGAAGAGGGAGAAGGAAAUUGAUGCUUUACAUGAUGGGAAAUUGAGAGAGCUGGCUUUUAAAGAGGAGGUUUUGGGGAAGAAGAAGACAGAGUUUGUUGAGGAGGUUAGGUUAGCUAAUGAGAAAAUUAAGGAGAAACAGAAGUUGGGGUAUGAGCUUAUCCAGAGGUUGGAGUUGGCAGUAAAUAUGUUAGGUGGAAUGAAGGUGAUUAUGGAUGAGAGGUUUAAGGAGAUUAAGUCGAGGGAGGAGGUGGCCCAUGAAUCUUUGACCGCGAGGUUGAACGAGGCUGAGUUGAUUCGAGAAUUAUUGGAGAAAAGGUUCAAAGAGCUUGAGGGUAUUGAGAAAGAGCUUAAUUUGUCUCAAGAAGAUAAAACAAAAGAGGAGCACUUUGGUACUGUGAGGACAAACGAGGUUGAGUUGAGAGGAGGAAAAUCGACUGAGCAGCAGAAGUUGGGGCUUCAAAUGUUGGAGAAUAAGCCUGAAGAAAAGAAACAAGAGCUUGAACUGAAGCAAGCGAAUUUGGUGUCUUGUAAAAAAGAACAUGACUAUGAAGAGCACGGUUCUAGGGAGAAGAGUCUGAGUUAUGUAAGAGAAUCCACACAAACUUGUGCAAAGGAAAAUCUUGCAUUAAGCAAGCUAGAUCAGCCCCAACGACGACCCGUGGGGAUUGAUGCAGAUGAAGGGCAACAGGUGUGCAGGCCAAGUGAAGUAGACUUGAUGGAAAAGCUACAUGAUGUUCAUUUUAAGGAACAAGGAUCAAAACAACCAAUGUUAACUGAUACCACUGAUGCUCGUUUAGUAACUAAACAAGAUGAAUCAGUAGACUGGAAACCUGCAAUGCACAAGAACUUCUUAGUAAUGUUAAUUAGUGGUCCCGAGAGAGAUUUGAGAUCGAUGAGCCGUAACAUGUAUAAAAUCCUUUCACUAUCUUCUGAUCCAGCAAAGCUAGUUGUAGAAGUAGUGGAAGAGUUUAAUGCACUCCAUACAGGGAUACUUGAUACGGAGAGAACAGCCACAAUUCUUCUGUUGGAUCAAUUAGCCAAACUGUCACCUAAGAUUCAGCCUUGUGUUACAGAAGCAGCAAUUAAACUUGCUCUUGGAUGGAAGUCGAAAAUAAGUACUAGUGCUGCUGAAAAUCCGACGGAGGCAUUAGCAUUCUUGCGUCUUUUGGCUGCAUACGAUCUAUCCUCUUCUUUUGACAAAAACGAGCUAUUCAGUUUUCUAAAGCUGGCUGAAAAACAUAGGCAUACGCGUGACUUGUGUCUCACCUUUGGUCUCAAAGAGAAAAUUCCUGAUUAUAUCCAGGAAUUAAUACAAGAGAAAAAGUUUCUUCUUGCGAGCACCUACAUUUAUGAAUAUCAGCUUCAGCACAUGUUCUCACAGACAGCCAUCCUCAAUUAUUAUGCAACACAUUCGAAGUUGUCAGCAAAUGCACAAUGUAGAAGCGAGCAUAACACUUCUGCAGCACAGGAGAAGGCGAUUGCAACUGAGAUUGCUGCUCUGCAUCUUGCAAUCGAACAUAUUCUCAAGUACGGGCUUGAAUCUGACUACUCCCCUAACGCUCUAACAGCAAGGAUAAAGCAGUUGGAAAUGUCUCAAGCCAGCUUCAGACGUGGUAUUCCAUUUCCAUCGCCUAAUAUACCAAAACAGGGGAGACACUAUGGACCCCAGCAACACCUAAGUAAGAACGCACGACGAAGGCUUCGUAAGGAGGCCAAAAGAUCUGGUGCCGUUGCCCUAAAUCCUGAAAUAGCGCCUAGCCAUGGUUUGAAUAAUGGGUCUGCCUUUGUCUGGAGACGGCCUCCUCAACACCAGUCGAGCCAAACUAAAACGUAUCAUGCUGCUCUCCCUCAGGCUACUGAAAACUUGGUUCAGGUGCCCCACCCUGCCGGUCCUCGCAAAAGACCUCGGACGAACGCCUGGAUGAAUGGGGGUGGAUUACAUCUAGGGCAGUUUGCUAACAACAACCAAUGUUAACUUAUCCCGAGAGGAGUGUAUUUUUAUUUUUAUUUUUGACGCCAUGGAUUGUUUUUGUUGAUGGAUGAGUUUUACCAAGUUGUAAAUGAGUUGCUCAAAAGUGGGUGGGAACUUCUCCGAUAUCUUCCUAGGAUGAAUUCCUAAGCACUUACCAGAUAGAUGUUUUUUUUUGGUUGAUGUAAAUGCUAAUCUUGUUAAUGUCUAUUGUUAAAAUUCAGCUCAA